UCUGCACAGUCUUAGUGUUCAGCUUCAUCAUGGCUGGACGCCUGCUGCUUGUCAUCCUCAUUUAUUCUUUUCUCGAGAGUUAUGCACAAGCUCUAAAACCUGAGAUGAGUCUUCAGCAUUUUCCUGGUAAAGAUGUUAUCAUGACCUGCACUCUGCCUGGAUCUGCUAAUAAAGAUACGAGAUGUAACCUUUACUUUGGAGAAGAAAGGGAUCCAUUUCAAACAACCAUCUUGAAGCAAAGGACCUCAAAGAAUCAGUGGUUCUGCCUGUUUACUGUCACAAUUUCUGAUUUGCUUCAUUUUCCUCAAAGAAACGUCACCAGCUGUGAUUACAGUUUGGGAAGUGAACCAAACUCUUUGUCUCCUCGUAGUGAUGGAUACCGCUUGACUGAUAUUGUGGACAAAGAGACACACUCCACACAGACUAUGGCGACAUCUGCUAUGACCACAGGUCAGAAUGUUGGAUCCAGCAACACUGGUAGUUUUAUCUCUACUUCUAUCACACCAGUGAAACCAACAUCAGUUGGUCAGACACCUCAUAAAUCUAGCACUAAAGCUAGCUUGCUCCAUGUAACCCCAAUUGAUCCACCAACAGCAGAAACAUGGACAUGGAACUUGGUAGUAGUUGCAGCGUGUCUUGGAGGUGUCAUCUUACUGGGCCUAGCACUUCUCUUUACCAAAAGAAGAACUGAAAGAUGUUCUAGCAAAAGGACACAAGCUGAUGCCACUGAUGACUUAAUGUGCAUGAGAGAGCUUAACCAUGGAGGAUCGUUACCUGCCGGUAAUGAUGAAGCGUACAGUGUGAUUACCUCAGUACCUGCUGCUGACUGUCCUACUGGUUUGGAUAAAUCGAAAAUGCAAGAGUUUCAAAAUGAAGACUCUGACAUAUACCAUGUGUACUCCACCAUGUCUGAGGAGCCACCUCCAUCAGCCCUGAAGGACAUGGUGUACAGCACCCUGCAGGCACAUUGAAACAAAAACGUGUUAAUACUGUAUAGAGAAACAGAACGCAGACAGCCUUAAGAACUGUUUCAAAUGAUGUGUAAUUUUUAAACUUGUCCUUUAUAGUGUAACCUAUGAUCUAGGGAGGAAAAUUGAUGUAUCUGCCAUGAAUGAACAAAUUCUUAGCUGGAUGGCUUCUUAUCUGUCAGAGAGGGACCAGCAGGUUGGGUAGGGUGUUACUUCUCUGAGCCUUUGCCCGUCACUUGCGGAGUGCCACAAGGCAGUGUCCUGAGCCCCCUUCUGUUUUAACGCUGGUUUUGUUUUCAGUUUCAAGCGAGAGUGCCAUAAGUUGGGGGCUGGGAAGUGGGAAGUGGCCAUUGUCCUCCCACUUCAACCCCUUACCCGAUUUGGCGUCACAGCUGGAGUAAUCCCAUCGCAAGAUGGUUUCUAGUUGUUUCAUGUUAUUGACAUGAAAACAACCAGCUAAAGUCCUUGUUUCCUAUACGGACAAUUUAGACAUUCUGAAGGGGAUAUUAGUUGAUCAGUGUAAUACAUUAUUCAUCUGAUUGUCGGACAAUAGACUGCUUUUACACUUUGGCAUAGUCUUAUUUAAGGCUAGGAAUAACUCUGACCAGGACAUUAAGACUGCUGUUAGUUUGUGGUAUGAGGCCCUUAUAUGAACUUUGAAACACAAACUCUCUAGACCCACAAAUGCAAAUGACACCUCCCUUUUGUUUGAUUAAGAACCAACCAAAGUGUCAAAGUACGGGGCGGAGCAAUGAAUCCCAUGCAGAAGUGCCAAAAAUGGCUGUUCCUCGAAUGGCCACUUGAGGUUGGCUCCAAAAGCGAGUCAUUGUCCACACACCCCCAUGUUAAAAGGCCUAACUUUAUAGCAGAAAUAAACAUGUUCGUGUUUGGUCUCUAGCUAAUAUCCCCAUUCACAACAACUGUACGGGGUGUGAAUUUGUAUGUAACUUAUCUGUUUUUUUUAUGGCUUCACUGCCAAGAUGGCGACAGCUGGAGCCCCCAAUUCUUCACCUUCACAACAGCUCUUCAAAACCUUUGGGUGAAGUCACAGCGUAUAUGUCUAUGUUUUAUACAGUCUAUGCAGCCAAAACACAUUACAUUGACAGAAUUGACAGAUACAACUGGCGAACAAAAUGGCUCUCAUUGCUCCCAAGCAGUAUGCACACUAGAUGAUAGUUAACAUCAUGGAGGUCCCACAUAUGUCUGUUUGACACAAAGCUACUAUCUGUAUCUGUAUGUUACAAAAAACCUGUAUUUGUAUCUAUGUUCUGAUUUUACCUGAAGUGGCCGUGGUUUCUAUCGGCAGUUGUAAGAACUCUAGUCUGCUUGACUUCCUUCAAUAAAUUGUUUUCUACUUCC